AAAAUAUGCUUCUUAGUCAGAAAUCUAAAAAUACAAUGGCAUAAUGCAAUUUGUAUUUCUUUCCCUACCCACAAAUCCAAUCGUAUUAUCCAGAAAACAUGAGCUGGUGGUGGGCUGGUGCCAUUGGCGCUGCUAAGAAGAAAUUUGAGGAAGAUGAAGGGCCGAGAAGCUUUCAGAGCGUUGGGCUUGUAGUUGGAGUUACCGGCAUAGUCGGUAACAGCUUAGCCGAAAUCCUUCCAUUGGCCGAUACCCCCGGCGGCCCAUGGAAAGUUUACGGCGUGGCUCGUCGGCCCAGACCAAACUGGAAUGCCGACCAUCCAAUCGAGUACAUUCAGUGCGACAUAUCCGAUCCGAACGACACUGAAUCGAAGCUCUCCCAACUCACCGACGUCACUCAUAUCUUCUACGUCAGCUGGACCAACCGAUCAUCCGAAGCGGAGAACUGCGAAAUCAACGGUUCCAUGUUCCGCAAUGUUUUGCGUUCCGUGAUCCCAAACGCACCCAAUCUCCGCCACAUCUGUCUCCAAACCGGAACCAAACAUUACAUCGGACCGUUCGAGUUGUUCGGCAUAAUCCAACCGCAGGAUCCGCCUUACACCGAAGAUUUACCUCGGUUAAGCGCUCCCAAUUUUUACUACACUCAAGAAGACAUCCUCUUGGAAGAAACCGAGAAGAAAGAAGGAUUAACCUGGUCGGUGCACCGACCCAAUACAAUAUUCGGGUUUUCGCCUUACAGUCUAAUGAACGCCAUUGGAACCCUCUGCGUUUACGCCGCGAUUUGUAAACACGAAGGGAAACCGUUAUUGUUUCCUGGAAGCAAAGCCGCUUGGGAAUGCUACUCUGAGGUUUCGGAUGCGGAUUUGAUUGCGGAGCAACAGAUAUGGGCGGCGGUGGAUCCGUACGCGAGAAACGAAGCUUUUAAUGUCAAUAAUGGGGAUGUUUUUAAGUGGAAGCAUUUGUGGAGCGCUUUGGCGGAGCAGUUUGGGAUAGAAGAAUUUGGUUUCGAGGAAGGGAAGAAUUUGGGGUUGGGGGAGAUGAUGAAAGGGAAGGAGAGAGUGUGGGAAGAGAUAGUGAAGGAGAAUCAGUUGCAGGAGACGAGGUUGGAGGAGGUGGGAGUUUGGUGGUUUGUGGAUGUGAUCUUAUCGGCGGAGGCGCGGCUGUCGAGUAUGAAUAAGAGUAAGGAGCAUGGAUUUUUGGGGUUUAGGAAUUCCAGGAAUUCGUUUGUGAAUUGGAUUGAUAAGAUGAAGACUUACAAGUUUGUGCCUUGAUUCAAUCUUUUGUUUCAAGUUGUUUCCAGUCUUUGGUAAUGAAGAUGAAUUUGUUAUUGUUGUUGUUGCUCAAAAAUAAGUACAUAAGCUAAGCUAUUAAUGGCGAAGGCAUGGAACUGUUGGUUGUGGAAACACUCACCUUCCGAGAGCAGCUUUUGUUGCAAUAUAGGGAAAUGCUGUAUGGUUUUCUUUCUUCAUUUUUUUUUUUUUUUGGCUUAUGAUGCUUUAUACAAGCAUUAUAAAAUAAAAUUGCUUUGAUUAGACAAAGUCUUAGUGAGCACUUUAUUAUAUUUUACAUCACUUUAAGAUCAAAUUUGGAAUUUGUGCAUUUUGAUGUUACUGAAUGGGAGGCAACUAUGAAGCAGACAGAUUUCUGAUAAAUGUUUCAAAUGCCCAUGCUACUAUUUCAUUGAUUAUUGAUACAUACUUGUUCAUUUUCCGGAAUUCUAACCAUCUUAUUGAAGCUUGUUUCUGUGGAAAUUUAGAAGUAUUUGUAUUCUGCAUCAUUAUCGCCGACAUUUAUCUUUCAACAUAUGUGUGGAAUCUGGUUCCAUAAGUUUGGGGCAGUGAUCAUGACAACUUCACAAAAAAAAUAUUUUUGAGGAUAUUUGUUGCCGCAGUAUGUUAGGUCAUCAAGAGGGGCCUGAAUAAGGUUAACAUGGUUAACAGUUUAUGUGGUUGUGGCCCUGAAUUUAUUGUCAACUCUAAAUAAGGCUGUAAUAAUGACUAGUAUCAUUUAGUGAUUACACUUUUUAUAGUUAGCCUAUGUUAUGUUCUUGGUCUAACAUUCUUUCAAUUUUAUUCUUGUUUGUAAACCUACUUUGUAUGAUGUUAAUCUAAAUUAUCAAUAUCUGGGUAGCUGUUUGCUAAUACUUUGAACUAUUAGUUCCUGGUUAUCUUUUGUAUAUAGUAAUGCAUGUCAUGAAGGAAAUUCAUUUUCUCAAAGGAAUCUAACAUUUCUUAAUCAAAUUAUGGAUGCUUCUGUUCAUCUGGAGCAGCAACUUCUUGUCAUUGUCAAUAACCAUCCAAACACACAAAAACAAGGGUAAAAGUUUAGCAUCUCUUUGUUAAUUAGUUGCCUUCAUUGCUUCCUUAUGGUUUUGGUAGUAACAUGAUAGGUGAUCUGCUAUUAAAAGUUUUGGCAGUGGUACAUACGGAUUGAAGUAAUUUGUGUUAAUUCCCUAAGCCGAUGUUGCUUCCUCAUCAUGUCUGAUGAUCGGUAAAUUCCAUUAUUGGCUUUAUCAUAGCACAAACGAUUCUGAGAUGAAUCCAACUUUAAGGACCUUACAGAGUUAACUUGGCGUCGAACUGUAUGUUGAUAAUUCAUAUUUGUUUAGAUCACUUUCCUUAUCUGGUUUAAGUAGUUUAAUGACUGUCUAACGAUGCAGAUGAGAUGCGACAAGUAAAGGAAUUGAGGUCUGAUUUAGUUAAAUUUCCCACUUCCCUUUUCUACAGUUCCUAAUUUGUUACUACGGAAGGGUGGAUUGAAAUGGCUACACAGCUUCGUAUUAAUGCAAAGUACUAUUCUGGGAGAAAAAAAAAAAA